ACACACACACACACACACACACACACACACACCUCAGCAGGCACAUUGAGGCUGAUAUUCUCUUACUGCAACUCACAGCUGACAUGGCUUUCGGGACAGUGCAAGCUACUCUAAGCCUUCUGUCACUCUUCCUUUUCUUAAACAUCCUCACAGAUAAUGUGGCUGCUGCGAUGUCCAUUCGAGAAAAAUGUGAGUGUGUCAUAGAGACUGGUUCUGUGCCUUGGAGACGUAUCACUGACUUUGAAAUGAAAAUGCCAGACGCUCUUUGCAAUAAAGUUCAAAUUAUCAUCAAACAGGGAGAUCAACUGUUCUGCCUGAACCCAGAUUCCGAACAAGGCAACAGACUAAGGAACUGCUGGACACGGAUUAAGUUCAAUGAAAGAAAGAAGAAAGUCUGCAUACAACCUAAAGCCAAAAAGAGAGGAAGAGGAAGAGGAAAGCCGAAGAAGCAGUAACUGCAUACAACCUAAAGCUAAAAAGAGAGGAAGAGGAAGAGGAAGGCCGAAGAAGCAGUAACUGCUGGCAGGGAAUAUAUAUCCUACAAAAGAACUAACCUAUUAAUAUACAAAUAAUGCACACUAUGUAUGUAGCUCUUUGUCUGCUGCUAAGACAUUUUGUACUACUGUUUUCUAAUACUGCCUUAUGUAACACUUUUAUAUUCAUUUUAUAAUGUUUUUAUACAAUAAAAUGACUAAACAAUACAUUUUAGAAUUACUUAAAAUGCAGAAAAAGUGCAAAGGAGGAAGAGAUGGAGAAGAAGAAAAGAAGAAGAAAAAGAAGAGUAAUGCAUUAACUCAUUACUGUUCAUGUCGGAAUUUCUAUAUGAAUUUCUGAAUUUGUAUGAAUUUAUAUGAAUUUAUAUUAAUUUCUGAAUGUGCUUUGAGCUUGUCUGAGAGCACAAAUCUGAAAAAAAAAUCAAACUGAUCAAACAUGAGUAUGUUUCACUUAUUACAUCAUAAAUUCUUAGUCUAAUUUUUACAAAACCAUUUUAAAAAUAGAUUGUGAAUAAAAAUAUAAAAAUUACAUCACAAAAAAUAUAAUUAAAAUAAAUAAAAAUCGAGUAGA